AUGGCCAUUACUGGACGCUCAGGCAGCGGUAAAUCUACGCUGGUCUCCAGACUUUUCCGUAUUCUGCCGUUAUCCUGUGGAAAGAUAUCCAUCGGAGACGUGGAUAUUUCGCAGGUUGAUCAGCAAGUUAUCCAUGAUCGCCUCAAUGCGAUCACGCAAAGCAGCUUCUUUAUUUCAGAGGUGUUUUUGAAAGAAAACCUUGAGCCAUCAGGACCACAUGAUGAAAACGAUGCAGGUCCUACAAUGCCAAUGACCGAAGUCAUGAGGGAGGUUUCAGUUAGCCUGCAACUUUGGACGUUAGUAGAGGAGCGUGGUGGACUGGAAAAAACUUUUUCCCAGGGCUCAUGGUCUUCUGGUCAGUUACAGCUACUCGGCGUGGCUCGCGCUAUCGUCAAGAAAAGGCGGACCCAGUAUUAUCCAGACUCAACCUGGAAGAUACUGGUUCUCGACGAGAUAACAAGCAGUCAUGACGAAGCAUCGGCUCGAAUGGUACGUGAUCGUAUCAAGGUCGAGUUUGAAGACUACACCAUCUUGUCCAUCGUGCACAAGUUCGAUGGCGUCAUCGAGGAUAUGGACAAGAUCAUCAUCAUGGAUUCAGGAAAAGUCAUCCGACGUGGGUCGCCGCGGGAGCUUUUACAGGCAAUGUAG